CCGCGACGCCACCGAGCAACCGCCUCUUCCCCCCUUCGACUCCCGUCGCCAUUUCCGACGCCCCCCCAAACCUCCUAGAUUUUCAAAUCCGCACCACCAUUCGCCUCCCCCAACCCCCCUCCUCCGCCCCAUCCCGCCGCAGAGCGCGAAGCCCCCGCGAAUCCGGUCCACCGCGAGGCGAUGGCGUCGGCGAGGCUGACCCCGAACGGCGUGGGGGCGGCGCUGGCGGGGGAGACGAACCUCAGGCCCAUCGUGCAGGUCGUCAACCUGCGCUGCGUCAACGUCGACGGCAAGGGCACGCCCCGGAGCGACAGGUGGCGCGGCCUCGUCUCCGACGGCGCCGAGACCUGCCCCGCGAUGUUCGCCGGCCAGCUCAGCGACCUCGCGCGCUCCGGGCUCAUCCGCCGCGGCUCCGUCGUGCAGCUCGACGAGUACGUCAUCAACAUGGUCGGCGGCAGAAGGGUUAUCGUCGUUCUGAAUUUGACAGUUCUUCUCGCGGAGUGUGACAUCAUUGGCAAUCCAGUGAUUACUCCAGAAAGUGAAUCUUCUAAUCAAAACAACCCAAGAGUGGAGCAAUUUAACGGAACACGUCAAUAUGGUUUGGCGGCAGGAAACCCAAGUCCCACAAGGCCCAAUGGCAAUGUUCCAGUCUUCCAACCUUCGGUGUCAGGGAGCUCCUUGAACACACCCACCAGGCUCAGUGACAAAUCUCCAGUUUUCCAGCCAACAGCACAGCCAUCUUAUCGUCCUGCACCCAGUUACAAAAAUCAAGGAGCAAUUGCGAAAAAUGAAGCCCCUGCUAGAAUAAUCCCCAUAUCUUCUUUAAAUCCUUAUCAGGGCCGCUGGGCUAUCAAGGGUAGAGUUACUGCAAAGGGAGACAUCCGCCGGUACCACAAUGCAAAAGGUGAAGGCAAAGUGUUCAACUUUGACUUGCUUGAUUCUGAUGGGGGUGAGAUACGGGUGGCAUGUUUCAACACUCAACUUGAUCGCUUCUAUGAAGUUGUGGAAGUUGGUAAGGUCUAUGUGGUAUCAAGAGGAAACUUGAAACCUGUACAGAGGAACUAUAACCAUCUGAACAGUGAGUGGGAGAUUACGUUGGAGAGAGAUUCAUCAGUGGAUCUUUGUCCUGAUGAGAACAGCUCAAUUCCCUCUCAGCAGUUUAACUUCAGACCGAUCAGUGAAAUUGAGGAUACUCCGACCGGUACUAUACUUGAUAUCAUAGGUGUUGCUAUCUCUGUCAGCCCUUCCACCACAGUACAGAAGAAAAAUGGCACGGAAACUCUGAAAAGAAUGAUUGGCCUGAAGGAUAUAUCUGGUCGAAGUGUUGAUCUAACCAUGUGGGGUGACUUUUGCAACAGAGAAGGCUCACAGCUGCAAGAAAUGGUUGAACGUGGGGUCUUCCCCGUGCUGGGUGUCAAAACAGGAAGAGUGAAUGAUUUCAAUGGCAAGUGUGUCGGCACAAUUUCUUCCUCUCAACUCCUCAUAGACCCUGAUCUCUCUGAAGCUCAUACUCUGAGGCAAUGGUUCGACGGUGGAGGAAGGGAUGCUUCUACUCAGUCCAUAUCUAGGGAUCACACUCCUUCAGCAUCAAGGAACGAGGUCCGAAUGACAGUUGCUAAAAUCAAGGAUGAUGGUCUUGGAAUGGGAGACAAACCUGAUUGGGUUACUGUGAAAGCCUCCAUUAUAUUCUUCAAGAGCGACAACUUCUGCUACACAGCUUGCCCUACUAAGGAAGGUGACCGGCAGUGCAAUAAGAAAGUGACAAAGGGGACCUCUGGCUUGUGGGUGUGUGACAAAUGCGACAAGGAGUUUCCAGAGUGCGACUACAGGUAUCUUCUGCAGCUUCAGAUUCAAGAUCACUCGGGAACAACUUGGGUGACAGCGUUUCAGGAGACCGCGCAAGAGUUACUAGGCUGCUCGGCGCUAGAACUCGUUACAUACAAAGAGAACGGAGACCCUCGUUUUGCAGAGACCAUGCUCAGCUGUUUGUUCAUGGAUUAUCUGCUCAGGCUGAAAGUCAAAGAAGAAACGUACAGCGACGAGAGGAGAGUGAAGAACACAUUGGUCAAAGUGGAGAGGUUUGAUCCUGCUGCCGAAAGUAGAUAUCUGCUCGAUUUACUUUCAAGGUCGGUGGCAUCAUAUUGAGCAGCGAGUUUCGCCCGAAGAGGUGUGGCGGUGUCCAUAACAUGUUCUCUUUUGCUCGGAAGGCCCAAGGUUUACUUACCAUAUUAGAGAUUCAGGAUUUAUUCAGUUCAUACCGAUGUUUUUGAUGUGAUAGUAACAGUAAGCAUGCCAAUGUCUCGGCCUAUGUAGACUUUCUGUCCUUGUUUAAUUUUAACGGAUCAAUUCAGAUGUAGCUACUGAAUCAUAUUGAUGUCUGUGUUAAGGCAUCCCUGCUUUUUAAACUUACCAA